AUGCAAUCUGCCGACCGCAAGCCCCUCGCCACCCUCCCGCUCCUCCCCUUCCUCGUCGCGUCGUCCGCCUCGCCCAACAAGCACCACCACUCGCUCAAGCACCCCCGUGCCAUGAGCCUCCUCCCCUCACCCUUUGCCCCUCCGCCUCCACCCGCCAGCCCGCGCCGCACGGCCACCGCCGCGGGUCGCCCACCUCUCGCACCGCUCGACGACGCGUCGGCGCCAACCGCGUCCACCUCGCUCGCCUCGCCCUCGCACGCCAUGAUGCUCGACGACGACGCGCAGAACCUCCACGACGACGACGAGCCCCACUCGAGCCCGCGCUGGCUCAUCGACACCUUCCUCCAGGUCGGCGCCGCCUCGCCGGCCAAGCGCAGGGCCGCCCGCAUGCUCCCGCCCCACAGCCCGCGCAAGCCUGCCGCCACGCCAAAGGACGACGACACCCUUCCGACCUGGUCCUUCUUCGAGGACGACCCGUCGACAUCCGCGCCCGACCUCGCCGAGCCCACCACGCCCACGACUGCCACCGACCCGACUGCCCCGUCAGGUGACGACGACGGCUCGGCGACCCCACCCGAGAAGGAGAACACGCGCCCGCCGCGCCGACCUCGCACCCGCUCCCUCUCGAUCGCGCCUCCCGCACCACCGCACGCCCUCACCCUCCCCGCCGCCGCCGCGACGCCGACCACCGGGAUUGCCGUCCCUCCUGCGCCCCCCGACUCGCCGCCGCGCACGCCUCCCGCCGCCACUGCCGCCUCGACGAGCACCUGGCUCUCGCCCUCGUUCGCGACGACGGCGCCGGCGGCGAGCGGCGGCGCCCUGUCGCUCGGCCUCAGCUCUGCCGGCGGUGCCGUCGCACCCUUUGCGUUCGCCGAGAGCGGGCCGACGUCGUUCGCCGCCGCGGCGCUGUCGCCUCCCAUCGGCGCGUUCGGCGACGCCGGGUCGCCCACGGGCUUGAGCGCGUUCAGCGGGCUCUUGCCGGCGUUUGCGACGGCGGGCACGAGGGAUGGACGCGAUGGCGGGCCGGGCCAGAAGAAGCGCGAGAGCGGCGAGGGGUUGGAAGGGGAGGAGAGGGUCAAGAGGGCGAGGGUCGAGCCCGAGGAGGACGAGAUGCGCGAGUGA